AUGGCCCAGCCAGCCUCCCUUUCUCGCUGCUCCCGAAGGCAAAUCAACACCCUCCUCUUGUCCUCUACUACCCUCUCUUCUCGCACCAACCACUCCUCCUACAUCGCCCUGCAAGCCCGCCGUCUAUACCAGACUCAACGCUCACCGCGCCGUCUCAUCCAUCAACAGACCCAAUUCUCACGACCGCAACAAUGUAUCGCUAAAAGAUCCUACCACUCGCAAUACCACCCCGAGCUGCCCGCCCACGAAUACACAAACUCACAGACCACCAUCCUCUCCGCCGCGCUCAACCAUGUCCCUAAGCACGGCUUCACACUCGAAGCUCUGACCCUCGGCGCCCGCGACGCAGGCUUCCUCGAUGUCUCGGUCCAGCUGCUCCCACGCGGCGAGUUCGAUCUCGUCCUUUUCUGGCUGGCGAGCCGGCGCGGCCUUUUGCGAGGCAAAGUCGAGAACGGGCUCUUUGAGAAAAUCGAGUCCCAGGGGAAGGUGUUGUCUGUCGAAGAGAAGACCAAGUUGCUCAUUAUGGAGCGCUUGCGGAUGAACGCUGAAAUUAAACAUCAGUGGCAGGGUGCCCUGGCUCUCAUGUCCCUCGCUGGAAAUAUCCCUCUGUCACUCUCUGAGCUACAUGCUCUGUCCUCUGAUAUUUUGGAUCUGGCUGGAGACGCCUCGGUCGAUGCAUCGUGGUAUACCAAACGCCUGUCCGUCUCGGCCAUCUACGCCAGUGCCGAGGUUGUCAUGACCCGCGACUCGAGUUCGGAUCUCUCCGCUACGCAGGCAUUUGUGGACCGUCGCAUCGAGGAUAAUAAGUAUAUCGGUGAUAAAAUUACUGGUAUAAAGCAGUGCCUGGGCUUCAUGGGUUCCACUGCUGUUGGACUGGGAAGGAGUUGGGGGUUGAAGAUCUAG